ACACGCCGCUGUUCUCCGCUCACCCUCUACGCUGUCGUGUAUGUGUGAGAUGACUGGCAUCCACAUCCAGCCCGCGGUUUGAAGAAUAUCUCCUGGAGGGAGCAUCUAUUUGAGGAUCCUAUGGGAGUUCUGUCAGCCGCAGUUUGUCUGUUGGCAGCCGUGGGAGUGGGAUGUCGACCAGCAAUCUCACCACUCAAUAAUGCAAAGGUUGAAUGUAUCAUUCAAGAAACGCUGAAUGGAGAUGGGUCGCAACAUGCUUGCGGUCCUCAGCUAGCAGCGGAACUUGAUGAAGUACAAAGACACCAAGGUCUGCUCAGGGAGCUGCAGAGGCUGGCUGAUGAUGAGAGAGAGCGGUAUGAUUACAAUCUAGCUGAUGAAGAGAGCGAUUUGGAUUCAGAGGAUGAAGACAGUGAUGGUGCCACACAAACAACAGUGGAAUAUGACCCCAAGAAGAGAGAGAUGGAUGAGCCAAGAAUCGAUGAUACUGGGAUCCAUGAUGAAGAGGAAAGAGCUAAGGAGCUAGAAGAGCUGCUGGCUGAAGAAAUCAACAAGAAGGAAAAAGAGGAGAGAAUUGAUGAGCUCAAAGAGUUGCUGAGAGAGUUGAAAAAAAAACGUUAUGAGUUGAAGGAAAGACGAAGCCAAAAAAAUCCUGAAAGUGCACAGGAGGAGGACGACACAAAGCAAAAGAUCACGAAAGACAAGGGAGAGGUUCAGUGGAAGAGUGUUGCCAAUCAGAGGACGGAUGAGGAAGAGCUGAGUGUGGAGAAGGAGAAGGUGGAGAAGGAGCUGAUGGAGUUGAAGAGCAAGAAUAAGCCAGACGAGGAAAGGGAGAGGAAGGAGAAGCAGGAGGAGCUGGAUGAGCUGGUUAGGAAGAUGGAACGAGUGCAAGAGGAGGCUAAAGCACAGAAAAGAGAUGCUGGCUGGGACCAGAGUCAUCAUGAGGAACAAGACAAGGACGAGGAAGGUGACAAUGGUGGAGAUGGUGAUAAAGCGAGGCGCGCAGAGGUUACGGGAGAUGUGAAGAAUCCGCAGCAGAAGAGAGUGAUGGAGAAGGCCAGCGAUGAGGCCACUCGCCAGUUUGAGAGGGAGCGGGAGAAAGAACAGGAAGAGGAUAAUCGAAAUGGCGAGAAUGAAGAUGAGGAUGAAUACCUCAGAGAGGAUAAUGAUGAUGAAGGCGGCUUGGAUGAAGAUGAUGCAGAGGAGCUGCUGGAGGUUGAAGCACAAUUUCGACAAGCUGCCGAACAGCUGAGAGAGCUGCGGAGAGGAUAAACACACACCCCCACAGACGCCCAUUGUUGCAUUCUCCUUCACACAGUCAGCUUCCCUGAAUCGCAUUUACAGCCUCGAUGUCCCUUUGGUUGAAAAAUGAUUGUUCAAUACUAAUUCUAGGAUACUUAAGAGCUCUAUUGCGACUCUGAAGUUUGCUUACUGGGCCUGGCGUCAUAACAUGUAAAUAUUGAGAUGACAGGUGGAAUCUUUUGUAAACUAUCAUUGAUGCAAACAUUCCGCUCUUCUAUUUAAAUGCCAUUUCUACUUAGAAACUUCACACUGCAUCUUCAAGUGCUGAGCCAUGAAAAUAGGCACUCAGUGCUUCGUGCCUCAGAUUUUACAAAGGAUUCUCCAUAAGCAAUUUACAGUAUGUGCUUUAAAAAUUUCUUUUGUGCAAUAAUCGAUAGCUAUAUAUAUAACGUGUAAUGACUGUUAUGUGUAAAUUACAUUCAUACCUAAGGAUAAGUCAUUUAUUCUUUGAAGAAAUAAGAUUGUUUCACUAGGCUGGUGUACUGUUAAAAUCUGACUGUUGUUAGUGAAAAAUGUGACACAAAUCGAUGUAGUAUGCUGAUAAGUAUGUCAAGUGUAGGAUUGCACAAGGUCCCAAACGUGUCACUUGAGGGGCAGAUAGUUUUGCACUCUUAAUAAGCCAAGGAAGCAGAGAUGAAGAGGACACUUUAAGCCAUUUUCUUGUCUUUUCGCAACACCAACGCUGAUAUUAAUCGCAAUAAUCGCUCAGUGGUUGCUGUCUUGACUUUGUGCUAGUGUAAAUAUCAUUGCGCCAAGGUCAUACGAAAUAGGAUACAAAAGCGCCCCCAUAUGGACUCUGCGUCAAAUUGCACAAGGUACACAUUUAACAGGGUUACCAAGAGACUGUUAACUGCAAAACACUGCGGCACAUGCAAUAAUGAAUCAUAAGUAAGCCAAUAUAGCAGGUAUUUUAAUACGUAAUUAAAGUGCACAUCUAAUUUGUUUGAUGUAUUUUCUAUACAGCCUAGUCACAAUCCGUGAACACAAAUAAUAAUAGGAAUGAUGGUACGAUUCAUUCCAAUGAGAUGUUUGGUGACUUCAAAACACAAAGAAUUGUACUUUCGAAUUGUUUUUGUAUAUAUGUGUGAUAUUCUAGAUCAUGAUGUAUUAACCAGCAAUGUAAAAUGAUAUGUCUUGCUUUUAGGGAAAUUAACCACAUCAAAAACUAGUAUAAAUGCAGGGCAACAAUGUAAUAUUACUGGCCAAUAGAAUGCUGUGUUUUGUGCCUGCUUUGUCUUCUAUAAUAACCGUGAAUCAAUAAAAGUAUAUAAACACA